GAAUUUCUUGUUGAUAAAGUUAUAAACAUGAUGUUAGAUAAAUUAGCAAAAAAAGACAGUGAGCCUCAAUUAGAUCAAUGGCAACACGAAGUUGUCAAGAUUUUAUCGUUUAGUGCGAAGAUUUUAAAGACAAAUAAAUUAAGAUCAUAUCAAUUAUUACGUAUUUGUAACGAUAUUGUAUCAUCCAAAUUGAUACAACUACCAAACAUUAAGGAAAUUAUAAAAUUGGGGUUAGCUUCUGAUAAACAAACCGUUUUAUCUAAGAAAUUCGUCGAUCACGUAUUAGGCAUUCUAUCCAAGCUUAAAAAAAGCGAGCAAAACCUGUCUUUACAAAGAUCGUUUAUAAUGAGAUGUCUUGACACCAUCCCAUUGGAUUCAGUAGUUAGGCAACAUAUUUAUAAUAAUAUUUUUUCACAAAAUGAUUCUUUUCCACUUAUGGGAUCAAUAAUUACUAAGAUAUUUUGGAAAGAAGAAGAAACAAUUAAUGACCCGUUUCUACGGAUCUUAAUAGAUCUGAGAGAUGUUUUACAAGCCUCACCCCGCUUAAAAGUUGUUGGUACAAUGAACAAUUUAUCAAAUGGAUAUAAACAAACCGUAGGAAGAAUCCUCUCAAAUAAUCAAUCACUCCUUCGCUUGGAUAAUACCAUAGAUAAUAGUAAUUUGUACUUAAAAUCAGUUAUAGCUCAUAUUAUAGCAAUGCAUGCUUCGAUUCCUCCAGAUUCCACUCCACUCGCGACAUAUUUUCAUAAGAUAGAAGCGUGUCAAAAUAUGUUCAUUUUGACAACCGUUUCUGACAUUGAAUCACUAAUUUUAAGUGCAGUAAUUACUGGAGAUCAACCUGGAUAUAUUGGAGAGCAAGUUAACAAUGCGGUUGAUCAUUCAGUUCGAUCUAUGCCACCUUCUUCUUAUAGAAUUUUACAUUUAAUUGUUCAUGCCCUAAUUGGAUCCUCUGCGCAUUCUCAAGCAACACUAAACUUCCUACGCAGACAUAACCAAACAGCAAAUGAUACUGAGCAAUAUUGUUUGGCCCAUAUAAUUACUGAUUGGACAGUUCUUAGACAAAUUCUUGAUUGUUCCGAUGAAAACUUAGCAUUGCUGUUUCAUUCAUUACUUACUACAAUGACACAAACACCCUUGCCUCCGUCAAAUUUUAGGACGCCAGCUGAGCGUGAGGAUUGGGAAACGCAAUUUACUCGAAAUUAUGUUUCUCCAUUAAUUAGAAGCGUUACUGAAACUGUAACAAACUUUCGCACGGCAUUAGAUGCUGCGGCUGAAGGUCAGGGUAAUAAUGCCAACAUCAUCGAAUCUGAAAUUGACCAAACAAGAGCAAUAGAUGAUGAAUACCGUCUUUCGAAAUUACCGCGACUUUGGC